UCCAGCCCUCUGUCGCAGGGUGAUGACGUGAGGAGCUGCUGAGCGGUUUGUCGGUUACCGAGAGACAGCGGGGGAGGGAAACCGGGAGUCAGCACAGCAGCGACGGGAGCCGAGCCGCCAUGUCCCAUCAGGGGGCUGCAUUGCAGAGCUACAACAACGAAUUGGUUAAAUGUAUCGAAGAUUUGUGUACAAAAAGAGAAGAACUGAACCAACAAAUCUUACAAGAGGAGGAAGAGAAGAACAAGCUGCAGAAUGAUAUCCGCAUUUUAACAGAGAAACUUGCCAAGGUCAAUGAGGGUCUUGCACGCAAAAUGGCAACCCGAAAUGAAUUUGAUAGAACUAUUGCAGAGACUGAAGCUGCUUAUAUGAAGAUCCUCGAAAGCUCCCAGACACUGUUGACUGUCCUGAAGCGGGAAGCAGGGACCCUGAAUCAAGUCAAUGAAAAUAGCGACAAGAAGGACUCCUGAUUUUUAGGAUCCACUUCAGAGGAGCGGGAAGCGUAGAAGAGAGGGAAUCUAUGAUUGUAACAGUGAGAAAAAUAGUCAAUAAAUGGCUAAUAUUGGAUCACUGUUCAAACAACUUCAAAUUCUAUCAAGGGAUUCAUAACUACAUAAAAGACUUUAAUUUGUAUUUCUAUUUAUAAUAAAAUUUGCACAUAUGGAAAA